CCUUCAGUGACAUGUGCUUCUUUUUGAGAAAACCAGUAGUCUUCAGAUUAGCACUAGGAAUAAUUACCAUGUUUAUUUUGUGUUUACCUGAAUUUUUCAAAACACAUGAAGUGAACACUGUAAUUGUGUCAUGCAUGGAUACUUGUUCGUCAAAUAACAUCACUUUUCCACUUUGUACUUUUAACAAUUCUUACAAAAGAUCACUGCAACGAAGAACAGAAAACCAGACUAUUMUGCUGAAGGUCAUUGUAAAUAAUUCCAAUUUCCAAAAUAGUCAAUGUAUUUCCCAGUCGUCCAGGAGGGAACAAGAGUCCCAUACUAAACAGACAGAGUGUGAAUCGAAGAGGGAUGUGAAUGUUGAUCAUCAAGGAUCAGGGUCAAUAGCUAAAAAAACAAAAGGCUCACUUGRAGUGAAAACAGAAGAUGUUACUUAUUUUUAUAAGUAUUUUAAUUCCACUACUGUUUCCAAGAAAGAAGUGGACCAUAACACUUACUACCUGAUGGAAAUCCACAUCAACAAUUCUAUCAUCAGAGGAGGAAAUGCAGCAGAACAACUAAAUMAUUCUUGUCUAGUGGCAAUGAUGGAAGACCAAAAUGACUGUAUAAAUAUYUCACUGCAACUGAAGUCCUACAUGGAAUAUCCAAUGUGUAUGAUGAAGAUCACUUGGCUCACUAUGAUYCCAGUAGUUUUUGUGUUUACUAUUUCAAUGGUCAUCUACAAAAUAGUCCAAGAAAAUAAACAAAACUAUUAUAAACACAGAGUAGCAACAUCGGUUGCUACUAUUCUAAGAAGCAAUGAAUCCAGAUAUGCAAGAACUGUAUCUGCUACUCAAAUUCAUCCUUUUCCUGUGAAAACCAGCAAUCAACAGAAUCUACUUCCUGCACAGAGCACAAAGAUACUGCCAGUAAUUCCUGAACAAGAGCAUUGUCAUGUGGAUCAGCUGUAGAAGGUAUCACCAUAUGAAAUACCAGCACCACUGGAUGAAAGAAGACACAUCAUACACCACAGAAGAAAGUAUUCCCAUUUUCAGCUUGGGGAGCUGUGUUAUCCAUCUUCUCAUGGGAAUGCCAUUUAUGCAUUUUAGUUGACAAGCUCCAUUUUGUCCAUCUGAACUAUUUGGUAUUAAGAAAAUAUGCAGAUGGAAUAGCACAUUUUGCUGCAGAAACAGCUUCAAUAGGAUAGUACAGAUUUCACAUCUMUUUUCUGUUCAUUCAGGAUUCAUACUUAGUUACAUGGUUGUGAGAUAAUCCUUGUGAUAAUUACAUUUUUUUUUAUAAGAGCAGAAAUGUAUAUAUUCCGUAGCAUAAGAAGUCUGUAUAAAGUUAGGAAUUAUCCUCUACUUUCGUGAAAUGAAAUGAGCACAAUUUUUGACCUACUUGAUGCUCUAGAUGACUAAGAUGCUUAAAAGAUACAGCUUCUAGCUGUUGAGAAAGGUAGCUGAAGUAUCACAAAAAGAAAGAAUUCUGCAGCAAACACAUUAGUUUCUGCAGUAAACUAGGAAGACCAUCAUAAUCUGUGCAAUAUUUUAGUUGAUAAAGGAAAAAAAGUGGGAAAAUACUCAUUUGACCUCAAAUCGAAAAGUCAUUGCUAAUGUUUUUAAACAAUUCAUUAAGACAUUAAAUGUUUGUACUUUCUGAGAACUUGCAUUUCGACCUUUUUUAYUAGCUUGGGUCAUUAGCAUUCAGAUUCAUCAUUUCUUGUAACUUUUCCUUACUUUCCAUUUACUACUGUUCCUCUGAGUGCAAUGGAGCUGUUUGGGCUGAGCAGGGUCCCAAACUCCUUCAGUGCUAACAUAUGAUUUGUGGGUACAGCUCAGCCAUCAAUUACCAGUCAGAGAAAGAAACUGCCAGGACUUCAGACUCCCCUGUGCCAAAUCCAUCAGGACGAAMAGAUUGUAAACUGCCCAUUGCAAACAUGAGAGGCAGCAAUUUAACAUCACRCUAAUACUUCAUUACCUCCAUUCCUUACAUUUAUACAGCCUUUCCCUCCUGAAGCUUUCUGAAAUUGCAUUUUCCAGUCUGCACCGUGCAGUUCAGACUUAAUAGGAAUAGUUGUGAACAUCAGCUUCUGAAUGAUUUGAGGGCAUAUGGAAUUUUUUAUAUUUAGUUGGACAAGUCUGAAGCAUUUGUUUCUAUUGUUUAUUUGUUACCAUCUUAUUUAAAAAAAAAAGGAAGAGAAAAAGACUUUCUUGAUUUGGGGGCUUCAUCUCUGCCUUGGUCAGAACCAAACAUGUGAAGAGAGGAAGGAUGUCCUGGUGCAGCCUCUUAAGCACAAGAUGAUGGGCAGGAGGGGAGAGCCUCAGAAACCAGCAAGGGGAAGGAGACAUGAAGGUGUACAAAACUGGUGGGGAAGGUAGAACUGAGGAAGCAGAGAAUGUGCAAAUUGGAAUGGGGCUGAAUUGGCAAAGGGAACUGAAGGAAAGGCAGAGACCACCUUAAAU